AUCUAAACUUUCUUCGCUCAUGGCUUCCAAUUUGCAAAACGAUUUUCUUCCUGCUGCUACUCCUGGACGUUUUGAUUUCUCAGCCCUGCUCAAUGAUCCAAAUAUCAGGAAACUGGCUGAACAGCUUCAGGAAACUUUGCAUGAAGCACCACAGGAUGAUCUCUCAAAUUCUCGUGAUCCGAAGUAUGCUUCAACCAUGCUACAGAUCGGAAAGAAUCUUGAUUUUAAAACCAUGGUCAGGCGCCUGAUUUGGGCUUUGAUGCAGGACCCAUCAAUGUCUUCCAUGGUGGAAAUUUAUACCGAUCCGUCACUUGAAGGCCAGCGUAAACGUAGAACGGCACACUUGAACAAAGAUCAAUGUUUGAAACUUAUUUUAGAUGAGAUAGAGAAUGGUGGUCCUGAAGUAAUGAUGAGAUACUGGAAUGAUGAGAAGGUUUUGAAGAUGUUUGGACUAGUCAUGGGCAUUCGUCCAUACUUUGGAGAUGCAGUUGCUUCUUUUGAAAAUUAUGUGCCAGAUGAGACAGGAGAUAUGGGAAAUGAAGAUUCUAAAAAUUCUGGGUCAGAUUUGACCGAAGAUAUGGAAAGUGAAGAUGAAGGGUAUGUGACAGAAGAAGAUAUGGAAAGUGAAGAUGAAGGGUAUGUGACAGAAGAAGAUAUGGAAAAUGAAGAUGAAUCAACUGUUCAUCAUACUGAAUCAACUGUUCAUCAUAUUGCUGUUGUUGACGGUGUUGAGUUGUGCUGUUGGAAAUUGGAGGAAAGGUGCCAGGAACCGAGUGUCUCCUCAAUCGUCAUCAAAUCUCGAAUGCAAAUAGGUAACUCGAAUCAUUACUUUUUAAUAUCAACCAAUUGUAUGGAUGUUUUUAUUCUAGAUUGUCUUACUUUGUUGUCUUUGUCUAAGUUUGUUCAAUGUUGUCCAAGUUGAAUUAUUAUUACACUG